UAUGCUUUCCUUUAAGCAACUUGAUAUUUCCAUCUUUUUACAAAUUUUUCUUGUUUUAUCUACAUAUGUUUGUAAUUCUCAAACAACAAUUAGGACUUGGAAACAAAUUGGAGAUUUAAAUAUUGGAAUUCUCUUUCCUGUUUAUUCAAGUGGCAAAUGUAUAUCUCUGAGUGGAAGAUUAGGAUUGGGAAUUGAAGUUGUUAAAUAUAGUAUUGAUAAGGUAAAUAAGAAUCCUAAAAUGUUACCCAAUAUUACACUUGGCUUUACCUAUUUGGAUACUUGUGGAGGAAUUAAUAAACCUGUUCAAAGACUCUUGGAAUUACUUCCAAACUUCUGCGAUGAUAAUGAAACUUUUGGUGAAGGAAUAAUUGGUGUAGUUGGCCCAUAUCUGUCAGAUAGGUGUAUUCCUACAGCAGGUUUAGCGUCCCAAUACCAAUUACCUAUAUUAGCGACACACGCAACGUCAGAAGAAUUGUCAGAUAAGAGACGUUUUGGCUAUUUCUCAAGGCUGGUGCCACCUGAUUCGUUCGUCACUGAAGCUAUGACAAAUGUGAUGGUCAAGUUUAAAUGGAAUUACGUACAACUAUUCUAUUCGGAGGGGCACUAUAGCGAAAAUAUGGCUAAGAGUUUUGAGAAAAACGCCAAAAAGAGAGGGAUAUGUAUCGCCCAUUCGCAUAGGUUCUCCCCUGAAGUUUCCGAUGAAUUUGUCAAUGUAGCGAAGAAGCUCUUCAAAUAUAAAAAUGCAAAGAUUAUCGUCUUUCUUCUAAGCUACUUUGACGGUCCAAAUUUUCUUAAGGAGAUAGAUAAAUUAUUAACGAACGAAAAAUUUAUUUUCAUAUCCGCUGAUGAUCAUUAUAAUACAGAAGGAUUUGAGCAUAUACUGGACAAAGGCAUUAAGAUAACCUAUCCUUUUGGUGAAGAUUUGCAACUUUACAAUUAUUUAUCUGCUUGGAAACCUGACAACAAUUCUGAUGAACAGUCAAAAUUGCUAUUUGAAAGUUUGGCCAAAUGUAAAUUUAACGAUGAUUGCCACAACUAUAAUAAUUUAUCAGAAACUGGGAACUUUGGGUCAAAUAAAUUGUCAUUUAUCCAAAAACUUGGUGAUGGCGUUGAAGUUUAUGCUGAAUCCUUACAUCAGUUAAUAUCAACGGUUUGCCCUGAAAAUUUCUAUAAUAUCAAGCGACUUAAGGACUGUGUCACCGGGGAAAAAGUGUUGAAAUUUCUAAGGCAACAAGACUUUGUAGCAUCUUCAGGUAUUCACUACAAAUUUAACGCUCUAGGGGAUGUCUACGCAGAAUAUGACAUUCUUCAAUUUCGGAAUAUUAAUACAUCUUUACAUUUGAAAAAUAUUGGCUCAUGGAAACAAGACGGUGACAUUCUUUAUAUAGACGAAAAAUAUACCUUAGAAUCUAUAUGCAGUAAGCCAUGUCCGCCAAAGUUUAUUUGGAUACAACAAGAAUUACAAUGUUGCUGGCUUUGUAAAGAAUGCAGAGAAAAUGAAAUUCUUGUUAAUAAUGUUACUGAAUGUAGAAAGUGUCCUCUAUUCCAUUGGCCCGAUGAGGAAACUAAAAGUAAAUGCCACCCCAUAAAGAGUGAAUACGUUGAGUGGUCCGAUUCACUAUCAAUUCUCCUAAUUAUUCUUUCUGGAUUUGGAGUCAGUAUGAAUAUCUUUGUAAUUGUUAUAUACAGAGUAUACAAGGAGGAGAAAAUCAUUAAAGCAUCUUCAAGAUUUCUAUCAGGCAUUAUACUCUUCGGAUGUAGUUUGGGUUACGUAACGGUUCUUUUCUUUAUUACUAAGCCAUCAAUUGUUACCUGCGUCAUCAACCGCAUCGGUUUCCAUAUGACCAUUUGUACAAUAUACUCACCUUUGUUUGUGAAGACAUUGAGAGUAUAUAGAAUAUUUAAGGCUGGUUCAAAGGGAAACAAACGACCUUCAUUCUUUGAUCAUUUGGAAACCCGACUUGGAUAG